CUAUUAAAAUCAAAACUAUAACACAUUCUCUGAAAUAUAAAAGUGAAAUACAGGUAACAAAACAUCUAAGUUUGAAGCAUACUACGCGUUUCAACUUCAUAUCUGUGCCUAAAUGUGUACAAACAUUUUGAAAAUUUCGUUAAAGGUUUGGAAUGCUAAAUUGUAAAUAGUAGCAAAUUUUGUUCGUUCAGAAUUUUUUUAAAAUCACUUACUUUAUUCACACAUUUACGCUACUUUCAGACAUAAUUUCAUUAUGUACCUGCAUGUUUCGACUGUUUAUACGUUUAUUUGAUCACCGGUUUUUCUGAUAUUCACAGUUCAUCCCUGUUAAAAAUAUUUCAUCUUUCACAUCGUUAGAAAUAUUUCAAAAAUUUUACUUUACAUUUAAACGAUUUCACUCCAUAAAUAACAACCAUUAUUUUUUCAUGAUAUUUUUCCUAAUAAAUUUAAGAACUUUGUUUCGCUAAACGAAAUCAUUAACCAAAAAUUCAUUUCCAUGUAAUUUAAAAUAUAAUACAAUGCGUUAAACUUUAAACGAUACUUCUUCUUGAUCCUAACAUAUGCACUACAAUUUCCACUGUAUAGAUAUGGUUGCAGGAGAUAAGGCGUACGCAGACUGUAAGCUCUACGCAUUGGAAGAUUUGUGAAAUACCAAAGAAAAUCGAUGAUACAUCACUACAAUAUUUACGUAUUAUAAGUGUUCCACCAUAUAUCAUGUGUCUUAUCGCCCACAUAUGAUACGAAUAUCCCCUCCAGGAUAGAUAUAGUAUAUCUAUCUAUUUUAGAGAUUUAUAUUCCAAAAAGAAACAAUUUUGUAAGUUUAUGGAAAUAUUAUAACUAGACUGCAGAUAUUUAUAUAGAUCCAUAUUUCCAUAACCAUAACUAAAGAAACGGAAUCCAAAUAAUUUGUUCCACCUGGCAAAUGUAAUUUUUCAUUUUAUUUAUAUCUUUGUUUAAAUUUUGUUUUGUUUAAAAAAAAUGAAAGUAACAUAUGGCAGCAAAAGCUAUUGAGUGAUUUAAAAGGCAAAGAGCUAAAAUAUCUAUAUGGACUUAAACAAUCCCAUAUGCAGACAAUGGCAGUAAAAAUGAGGUGAUAUACGGAGGGUUAUUAUUUUAUAUUUCUUGCACAUUGUGUAUCUAUGUAUUAUUGCACCUACAAAUUUUCUAUAAAUACAUAAGCAUACACAAUCUUUUUAUAGUAAUCAAUUGCUGCUUUAUCGUUUAAUUAUUUCUUUAUCUUACUUCCCCAAAUUUUCGUAUUUUUAGUCUUCAAAUACUUCAUAGGAUUAUAUUUGAUGUCAAUAAGGAUGAUAUAAGUAAUUGAAUAACGAUGUAUCAUACUCUACUUUCUUAUCGCAACAUUUCAAAGCUGUUAUAUCAGUUGCAAUACAUUUUAAUAGAUAUUUAAAUAGAAAUGAAAGUCUAAAAUAUAAGUUAAAUUAAAAUAUAAAUUAAAUUAAAUGUAAUUAGAAUAUUAACUCUAUACGCUAAUACAUAGUUACUGUUUAUACGUGUCUAUUUUUAUUCUUUUAUAAUUUAGUGCUUCAAAUAUGUCGAUGUAUUGAAAAUCAUAUUUUUAGUCAAUAACUUCAUAUGCUAGAUAUGAUAGCAAUAAAAUUGCGUUUCUUGGCGCUUUAAGUAACAUAAUUAACGCGUUCCGAAUACGUUUAUCACGUUUCAACGUGAUAAAAUACAAUACAUACAGUCUCCGACACGUGAUAGAUCGUUUGUAUGAGAAAUAUUAUGUACACAUUGACAUUAUUAAUAUAAUUCACGUAUAUGUACAUGCUUUUCUAUGUUUAAUCGUAUGGAUAAUACACCUACUGAUAUUUUUACUAACCAAUAAAUAAUUUUUUCUUAGCCUUUCUUAAAUUUAUUACCAAUUAUUUGAAUUGGCAACAAAAAAUGAAUUUCGAUAAAUCUCCUCUCAUUAUUUAGUUUAAUUAAUCUUUGAGUUCAGGGUGAAUAAUAUUAUAAAUGUUGAAACACUGAUUGUGAUCAAAGUAUAUUUGCGGUGCAAAAAUAAAUUUGCUUUUAAACCGCAGCUAGUUCAUACCGCAAGUAAUUUAAACCGUUGGUAAAAAAUAUUCUUAGUGGUCGUGUUAAUUAAUCCAUGUAACGUACAGUUACUACUGAAGCUAAUAAUGAAUAAUUUAACUGAUUUAAAUAACUCUUUAAUGAUCAAUCACAUUGACAUUGUUGUGUAUAAAAUUCUGUUUAUAUUAUUAUAUUUCCAUAACCUUCGUAUAAAAAUAAAUUUGUUGUUAUUCAGUUUCUCCUUGCGAUAUAUUUUAUUUUUAAUUUGUUUUAUACAUUGGAGGAAUAAAUUUAGCUUACACAUUUAUGUAACUUAACAUGAAGUAUCGUAACAAUGAAGUCAUGAAAAAUGCGUGACUUGUCAAUAUAAAGCACCUCAUAUUGUAAAAAAGAAGGAGAAAUUUUUUAAUGUACAAACGGGGUGUUAUUCGCUUGUGUUAUCAAUCUUAUUGUAACAUGUACACAUGGACUUCGCGAGACAUAAUAUGAUAAGAAUAAUAAAUAAUAAGAAGAUAAUUGAGAAAUUCUUGAAAUUAGAUCAGAAUACAAUUUUUCUUUCGUGUAACGUGAUAGAAUAAAAUAAUUUUUACCAUUAAAAAUUCAACUAGCAAAUGUAAGUAUUUGCAGUACGUAUGCAUCCAUAGUAGUUUAUGUAUUGAAUAUUCAUGUUAGUUGUGCUAGCUAUGUUCCUCUUUUAAAGAUUGCCACCAGAUCAUAAAAAUAAUGCUAGAUUUGUAUUGUGAAUUAUCGAAAAUGUUUUAUAUGUAACUGCAUCUAUGGUUUACUCUUUGAAUAAAACAAAAGCGUAAAAUUCACAUACUUGAGUUGUUUUGAAUUGUGCAAUCAAAGUGUAAUGGCAGUAACAUAUAAAGAAAUUAGAAUAGUAUUGAUAAUAGCAAUAAUGUCAACUGUGAAAGUGAUAAAGCUAUCUAUUUCUGAAAUAUUUCAUUUUGGACCAUUAAAUCAACAUGCAUUUCAUUUUAUUUGAGCAUACCUGUUAAAAGAUAUAGCAAUGUAAAUAGAUUCGAUACAAAAUAGCCAUUAUCACACACACACACACACACACACAAAUAAACAAACCGGCGAAUUUAUAUAUAAAAAAAAAAAGGAGAAUCAAACGUAAUAUGAAAAACGAAGUCCGUUUCUUCACUUAACUCCUUCUCGUUCGAGGGAACGAAAAAGGUUAGAAAGGAGGCGGAAGAAAGAAAUGAUUCAUGAUCAUGAAGAAGAAGGAUCAUUAGUAAUCAAUCCAUCAUUGUUAUCACCGUUGCGAGCAAUAUGUGUGUAUCUUCAUUUUAGCCUGAAUCGAUUCAGUUUUUAAUUUAAAUUCCUUGGUGUGUAAAUGACCGCUACGAGAAGCGUGUUUCUAUUAAAUGCAAAAUGAAACAAUAUCGCGCGGCGAUAUUGACGCGGAUGUUCGAACGUAAAGCUUUGUCAACAUCAAUGCACAUUUCGCCGGUAAUGCUGCGAAAAUCGUUCUCACCACGCGCGUACAGUGUCGCACUCGGACGAAGUUCACGUAAUAGAACGAGGUGUGCACGAUGCAACGAGACAGUCAGUUCCGAGACCGAGUAUAAUAAAAAUCGGCUGCGAUUCGGGAAACGGAGAAAAACGAAGAAGUGACACUCGGGAAAACCAAGGUUGGAUCGACCGAUCGUCUGCACACUAGCCGCGGAACGCAACGAAACGAACGCGAAGCAGCAGUGAUCGUGGUCAAACGAGAAUAACGAGAUAUCGGUAAUCUCUUGUGUCUGCUCCGCUUCGGGUUUUCGUUUCUCCUCGUUGUCGAUCCUCCUCCAGUUUAUUCGCGAACUACGAUAAACAUAGCAGUGGAAACGCGUGUGACAUUACGAAGACAAUUCAAUACGCGACAUUCAAUGUUCACCAUCCUGGAUGGCAUCUGUUCAUGACCAUUCAUAGUGAACGCGAUCCGUAAAACGGGAAGACGAAAUUCGUGUGCGAAACAUAUGCGAUUCUAUGGUGAAAUAUGGACAAUAGGACGAACUGUUUCUUUCGUCCGACUCUGGUUAUAUUUUUAAUGGAAACACGAGUUUUUGAAACCGAAUACGAUUAUCGAUAUACAUCUGUUCUAUAUUCUGAACUGUCAUUAACAAAGAGGGGCAAACGUGAAACGAAUCGGUUCGAGAUGGCAUUGCAGUAACUUGCCAGUACUUAAUCGAAGCAAGAAGUGAUAGAAACAUCGAGCCGGCCUACCAGACUACGUGUCGGAUCAUUGAGCAGUGAAUAAAGAGGCGGUGACUAAACUAUUCUGGGACAUGGAAUAAUCAGCGUACGAUCGCGACAAGUUCAUUUUACUACACGUAUUGCACGAUAUCGGUUAGAUUCCUGACAGUUCAUGCAUGUAACUCGUUCAUAUGUGAGAAAUUAGUUGGAACCAAACGCGAUGAAUUCUGGUGACAAGAAGAAGAAAGGGCUCGAUGGCGGUUGGGGAUGGCUCGUUUGCCUUGGCAGUAGUCUCAUCACGCUCUCUUUACGAUCUUUGGAUCCCUCGUUUGGACUCCUUUUCCACGACCUCUUUAUAGAACUUGAGAUUGACUCCACAGGAGCGUCAUUCAUAAUGAGCAUUCUUGAUGCUAUUGUUAAUUUCUCAGGUCUCUUAAUAGGACCGUUAUUGAAAAAGUAUUCUUAUCGACAAGUGGCUUUCUUUGGAUCUCUUUUAAGCUGUACUGGACUGAUAUUGACGUCGAGAGCUAAUAGCAUGUUCCAUAUUGUUUGCACUUAUAGUGUUUUAGGAGGCUUAGGAACUGGACUGGCCAUCGCAUCAGCGUUCGUGGCGUUGAAUACAUUUUUUGAGAAAAAAAGAGGACAAGCUGUUGGCUUUUCUAUGGCUGGAACAACUUUGGCCAUGAUGAUAGUACCUCAGUUAAUUCAUCUUCUUUUGAAUUCAUAUGGAUUUCGUGGAGCGAUGUUAGUGGUUGGAGGAUGGGCGUUGCAUUCCACUAUUGGCGCUUGUUUAUUACGUCCAUUUGAACCUGAAAUUAAAAGUACAAAUGCCGAUACAAAGCAUAGAAAUAAUUCAACUAGAAGUGACAUGUUAUUACAAGUAGAAAACAAUGGAAUGGUGAAGGAAGUUAAAUGUGAUACAAGUGGCUCCGAAAAUAAUAUGCUGGAGUAUAAUAAGACGGAGAAGAUAAAAAAGAAGUCUCAAAAUGAAUACCUUAGGAAGAUAAAGGAAACCUUUGAUUUAGACUUACUUAAAGAUGGCAUCUACCUAAACAUAGUUGUUGGCUUGAGUUUAUAUUAUGUUGCUGAAUCAAACUUCAAACUAAUGACACCAUUUUUUUUAACUAGCAUACGAAUGAGCAAAGCGGAAGUUGCCUCUUGUUUGUCGAUAUCUGCAUUCACCGACAUUCUUGCCCGCCUUUUACUACCAACCAUUUUCGAUAGAUUGGGAUUCAAGAACAGAACCAUCUUCUGGGUUUUCUGUAUUCUAGUUGGAAUUGGACGAUCUAUUAUGGCAGCGCAAUCUAAAGGAAUACUUUUGAUAAUAACAUUCGUGAUAAUAGGAUUUUUACGUGGCGCCACUUUGGUAAAUUUAAACCUUACCGUUUCCGAAUAUUGUCCUUUAAACAAGCUGCCAAAUGCCUUUGGGAUGUUUAUGGUAUUUAAAGGUUUAUUCAUUGUAAUGCUGAGUCCUUUAAUUGGAUACAUCAGAGAUGUCAGCGAAAGUUAUGCACUUUGUAUACAUGUUAUGACACUGAUGAUAAGCAUCACGUUCAUUACAUGGAGUAUCGAGUGUAUGUAUAGGACGUUUAAAAACAGAAGAUCUGUUUUAGCUAAACAAGCACAAGACAUCGUGAUAGAAUAAUUAUCACUUAGGAUUUAAUAUUUAACAUUUUCAUAAGAACAGGUAGAACACAAUUUUAAUGAAAUUCAGACAAAACUUUAUCUAAAUAGGUAAUGGAUAUUUAUUAUGAAUUGACUGGUAAAUGAACACUGUUUCAUCAAAAUAUUCUAUUAUUUAUAUAUUUGAAUAUUAUAAUAUUUCAUCGAGCGAUGAAUAUUCGAUUAUUUAUUAUGAAAAUUUAUAUUAAUAUGUUAAUUAACUUGUAAAAAAUAUUUCACAAUACUGUCUGCAGCGUAUAACUGUUUGCAACAUUUGCAAGCAUGAAUAUUGUAUUCAAUAAUUCCGUCUCUUAUAUUUUUUCUAAUCUUUUAGCAGCUUAGAUUGCAAGCCUUGAAAUACUUUUGUAAGUAAUUUUACAAAAGUAAAAGUUAAGUACUAGAUAAUGUUUUAGUGGAGAUAGAUGAAUUUUUCGUUUACGUUACAUAAUCACUAAUAUACAUCAUAUAGUUUCGAUCUAAUGCAAUAUUAUUUUUUUAAUUAGAAGCUAUUUUUAAUAAACGUAGCUCCUUAUUUUUUAUUUUUAUCUUUUUUUCCUUUAAGAUCGCAUUCACCUCUGAGUGUUAUUAUUAUUAUUAGCGUACCAUAGUAUCAUUAGUACCUUAGUACCUACACGGUUGCAUUAUAUAGGCUUGCAUUAUACUAUAUUAAGCUCGUAUGUCCUUAGAUUAUCGUAGAUAUGUACAAUAUUUACAUUGUUAUAAUGAACACUUAUGUAUAAUAGAUGUCAAUUAGGGAUGAGUGGCGUAAUACCGACCGUUCUAAGUUUUGUUACAUCUUUGGCUAGAGUCGGUAAAAAACAAAAUUUUUAAAAUGAGCUUACGGUACAAGUGGUAUUUAAUGAAGGGAAAGAAAAAUGAAUUUUAUGUUAUUUUGUUCAUUAUAAAAAUGAAAUUCAAUAAUAAGAAUUGAUAAUUUGCAAGAGUAAAUAUGUUGUAAUUUGUACAAAACGAAAAAUUGUCGUCCAGUACCGAACAAUUAUUUAAUCAGUAGAUUUUUCGGUCUAAAUGAUUAAUAAUACUAAAAGAAAACAUUUAUAUGUUAGAAUACAUAUUUUUAUUCAAAUAUUAUUUUUACAUAUAUCAAAAGUAAAAUAAUUAAUAUUCUUUUGGUCUGUACAUGCGACGUGUGCCCAGCCUUCACAUUCGUCGUUUUUUGGAACAUUGAAAGCCUCAGCGGCCUGUUUCUGGAUCAUUUUAUUUUUGACGCUACAAAGCAUCAUUCAUAUUCUCCUUUGUAUAUUUCCCUUUUCUCUACUUUGAAAUUUCAGACAUUUCUUUGCGGGAAAACGUACAAGGAAGAUUAAAUGAAUAUCUUCUAAUUUAAUUUCAGUUGCUAACAAAUUGAAUUUAUAGAUAGAUAAAAUUUGGACCGUAUUGAUCUAUGGCUGAUUCGUUAGUACUGGAUGACAAACAUGUGGAAACGUUUUAAAUCAUAAUGUAUAUUUAUACAUUACAUAGAAUUGCUUUUUCAAAAUUUCAAAAAUUCAUUUGUUUAUUCAAAUAAAAGUGCUAAUAUCUGUUAAAAAAGAUCAGUACUAAUUUUGAUCACUGUAUGCCGGUCGAUACUGCACGACUCUUCUCUACAGAUUAGUUGAAGAAGGUUUGUGUCUUUUAGGAACUGUCGGUAUUGCAACUUCUACACGUGUAUCCAUUAUUAUAUAACAUGCAAGCUAGUUUAUCUUCGUGAUAUUUUAAAUGUUGAUAUCCUUAAAUUUAGUUUCGCUAUAUUAUACAGGAUACUCCACUUAGCAUGGUCAGCUGAAAAUUAUGUUGUUGCUAAAUUUAUCUACAUCAGUAAAAUCUUGAAACUGAUCUAACUAUUUAUAUAUUUUGUGAACCUCAACAUUAUCUCACAAAACUAAUUUUUGUAUCACUUAAAAUAAUAGGUAUAUUUCAGGUGAUCAUGUUAAGUGAGGUAGACUAUUCAUUAACUUUUGUCAUAUGUUUUAUAUAAAAUUUUCUAAUAUAAUGUAUAAUUUAUGUUACUUACAAUAUGACAAUCGAAUUUAAAUUUUUAAACUUUAUUUAAUUCGUUUAUUGCAAUCUUAUUAAAAAGAUAUGUGUAUAUAUUACUAGCUAUUCAUAUAUUAGUAAAUACCAAAGCACGUGUAAAUAUUGUAACUUAUCAUAGUGAAUUUAAAGAUUAGAUAUUUCUUUAUUCGAAAUAACCAAACACAUCGAAAGGAAGUGCAAUGAAAGUCGAAAACUGAUGUGAUUAUUGAUGUGAUUAAUAAUGUUUAUAUAAAUGCUAUGAUGUUAAUCAUAGAUUUCAUGUUAUUAUUCUAAUAAUGAGAUGUACCUGACAUUUUGUAUAUCGUAGGAAUCUUUCAUGUACCUAGUUUUGAAGCACUUUUGAUGAGAAUUUAAAGUAAAAGAAUUAAGAAAAAUUGUCGCAA